GCCAGAAUCUUGAAACCCUACCAAGAAAUUCCUUUAAGCUCGGCUGAGACUGAUCGAACCGUCUGCAGUGACGGAAUUAAUAUGGCGGCCACCCAGCCUGGUGCUAUCGAAGGGUACCCGGGGCAAAAGGCCCUGACUACUACCAGCAGUAGCUCCGAAAACGAUCAAAUGUCAGAUUCUGCAAAAGAUAUUGAGAAAUGGAACCCAGCAAGCAUUUAUGCCUCUACUGUGGAUCCAAACCUCGUCGACUGGGAUGGACCGGAUGACCCUGCUAAUCCACGAAACUGGUCUCGGGCAUUCAAAAUGGCCAAUAUUGUGCUUGUCAGUCUGUCCGUGCUAUAUUGCAAUCUUGCAACCACGAUGUUCUCUCCGGCCGCCAAACUCAUGCAGAGCGAGUUUGGCUUCAAGAGCGACACAGUUGAAAUUCUGACAAUCACCAUCGCCUCACUUGGCUUUGCGGUGGGUCAGUUCUUUGUGCCACCCCUCUCUGAGGUUUUUGGACGUGUGCCUGUUUAUCGCGUGAGCUCAGUGUUGUAUCUUGGGUUUACUGCUGGCUGUGCACGGAGUACUCAUGUCGCAGAGUUUCUUGUCUUCCGUCUGUGCACUGGCCUCUCUGCUGCGUCGUACAUGUCAACAGGAGGCGGUACCGUCGCAGACUUGCUGUCAAAGGAGGAGAGAGGAGGAGCAAUGGCUCUAUUCACCGCGGGGCCGCUCCUUGGGCCGGUUCUUGGUCCUAUUGUUGGAGGAUUUGUGACUGAGAAUCUGAGCUGGAGAUGGACAUUUUAUCUCAUUCUGAUGCUUGGCGGUACCGUCACGGUUGCCUCUUUCAUAUUAAUGCGUGAGACAAGCGCCGUCGCCAUUCUCAAGGAAAAAGCUACUCGCUUGCACAAAGAGACAAAGAAUCCAAAAUUGCGUGCAAAGGGCAACAAGCAGAUCCCAAUCAGCCAACUUAUUGCUCACGCCGUGACUCGUCCAGCCACUUUCCUUGUCUUCUCUCCUGUUCUCUUUCUGAUCUCUCUUUACAUCGCGUUCAAUUUCGGUGUGACCAUGUUAUUGUUUGCGACCUUUCCAACCGUCUUUGAAACCUACUAUGGCUGGAGCGUUGGUGUCUCCGGCUUGGCAUAUGUUGGUGUCGGCAUCGGCUGUGCCGUUGGUAUAUUGAUCUUCGCCAAUCUCAGUGAUCGCUUGCUGCAUGCUGAAGGUGGUAAUUUCCACGCUGAGCGACGUCUGAUCUUGAUGAUGUGGGUCUCUCCUCUUUUCCCCAUCGGCUUAUUUCUCUAUGGGUGGACAGUCCAGUACCGAGUGCACUGGGUUGUUCCCAUCAUUGGAACGGCCAUUUGUGGACCUGGCGCCGUGGUCAUCAAUUCCUCCGCGCAAACAUAUAUCAUUGAUAUAUUUGGGCCCCAGACGGCCGCAUCGGCCAUGGGCGCCCUCACGAUUCUUCGUAACCUGACGGGAGCAUUCCUUCCUCUUGCCGCUCCAUCGCUCUAUGCCCAUCUAGAUAUGGGUUGGGGAAACAGCGUGCUCGCAUUCAUUACGAUUUGUUUCAUCCCAAUCCCAUUCUUGUUUUACUGGAAGGGAGAGUUUCUGCGUGAGAGGUUUCCAGUCAAGGUCUAA